ACGGUCCUACCCGAGGAGAAAGCAGAGGAGGUGAGACACUGGACGCAGAGGAGGAAGGGACGAGAAACUGACCGAUUUCCACCCCUCCUCUUUCCCUCUCUGUCACUCUCUCUCCACUCCCGUGCAUCACAACCUAGUGGGCUUUACCCGGACUGCACCGCAUUGACGCUACUGCUGCUGCCAGCCGACCCAACCCACUAAACUAACGCACUAACAUACAGAGACAGAGAGAGAGACAGAGACAGAGAGAGAGACAGCGAGAGAGAGAGAGAGAGAGAGAGAGAGAGAGAGAGAGAGAGAGAGAGAGAGAGUCGGUUUUUCUAGAUGCUAUUACCCACAGCUGGAAACUGGAUGCUGUGCGGAUUGUUUGCGUGGAUAUGCAGCAAUUCCCUCUCCAUAUCUCUUUGCUUUUUUCUCUCUGGAUCCGGACUCUGAUUCGCUGUCCUGCUCGGUAAUGCCAAGACUUUGGAAACGGGAGUGACUCUGGGGGUGAGGCAGCGAUUUGCAGAUUACUGCAUACUGCAAGACAAGAUAAUUUGGCUAUAACUUAGCCUACAAGUUUGCAGAGCUUACAUCAUGAAUGUAGCUGUCUACUUGAAACCGUGAGCUCCCCACUGUGCUGUUUCCAACAUGGGUGUUGACUGAAUGGAGGAGUAUCCCCGCGCUGCCACAGAGGUAUGAAGAGGCACUUGUGAGGAUUAAAACUGCGCUCAAUAAUUCCUGGACCAUGCUGAUUCUGCCGCCUAGGACGUUAUUUGUGUUAUUAGCCCACGCGCAUGUAUUAUUAUGUCUAAGAAACAAUGGAGAAGUACGAGCUAAAGAGGACAGCAACACCAGCGCAUACUCUGCAAGGACUUUACAUGGGUCACUCCGGGAGAGUCAUCAAAACAAAGCCUGGGACCGCGUGCUCUCGCCGGGGUACGCCACAGGUGCGUCCUCGGCGGAACUGCAGGCGCAGCGGACAAUUAUCCGAGGGCCCCUUAACUCCACUCACCCCUGGAAGAGGGUGAUUGCAGGAGAAACGAGGCGAAUUGGACACAGCAAACGCGACUUCAGUAGGACUGUGACACCCGUGGAGGAUCCCAACGCUGUCUCACAUUGGGACCCGACGCGCCACCACAAUAAAAGGAUAAAGUUGAAUGGCGGUUUUAGUAGUACGGGGACGCCAGCAGGUGGACACUACAAUGCGGCUAAGCUCUCUUCAAUAGGCCGGGGAGACGGAGGAGGGGGACCCGAGGAGGGCGACAGGCACAAGAGAGGCACAAAAGACGAGCAGAAGAAAGCCUUGAAGAGGGGGAGAAACCGGCUGAACAAAAGCUCAGCGGUUUUGGCUCAGCCUCACGCGUCGCCUUGGGAACCCAUCCCCAAGCCGGUGGCCCUCACCUCCACCGACCUGCCCUUUGACCUCUUCACCAGGAGGACCGAGUUCUUCACUUUCAGAGAGGAGAACCCCUGGGACGCCACGCCGAUCACCCCUCCCAGCUCACAGGAUUUCGGGGACGAGAUCAAGAAUCCCUUUUACCCGGUGACAAGUGAGACUUACGGCGCUUACGCGAUCACAUGCGUCUCCGGGGUUAUCUUCCUGGUGGGGAUAGCGGGUAACAUUGCCAUCCUGUGCAUCGUGUGCCAGAACUACUACAUGAAGAGCAUCUCCAACUCACUGCUGGCCAAUUUGGCUGUCUGGGAUUUUGUGCUCAUCUUCUUCUGCCUGCCCAUGGUGGUUUUUCAUGAGCUGACAAAGUCCUGGCUGCUGGGGGAAUUCACCUGCAAAGUGGUGCCCUAUGUGGAGGUGGCCUCCCUUGGUGUGACCACCUUCACCCUGUGCGCUCUGUGCAUCGACCGCUUCCGUGCAGCCACCAACGUCCAGAUGUACUACGAGAUGAUCGAGAAUUGCACCUCCACUACCGCUAAGCUAGCUGUCAUCUGGAUUGGUGCUCUCCUAUUGGCCCUCCCAGAGCUCCUCAUCAGACAGCUGGUGGCAGAGGACACAGGAAUCCCAGACGAGCCUCCCGUUGAACGCUGUAUUAUCAGGAUAUCCACCUCACUUCCUGACAUGCUCUACGUGCUGGGCUUGACCUAUGAGGGCGCUCGGCUGUGGUGGUGCUUUGGCUGCUACUUUUGCCUCCCUACCCUAUUCACCAUUGGGUGCUCCUUGGUGACUGCACGCAAGAUCCGGCGUGCAGAGCAGGCCAGCGUGCGCAGUAACAAAAAGCAGAUCCGGCUGGAGAGCCAGAUGAACUGCACCGUCGUGGCGCUAGCAAUUGUCUACGGUGCGUGUGUGGUGCCUGAGAACAUCUGCAACAUAGUUUCUGCGUACAUGGCGGCCGGUGUUCCUGAGCACACCAUGUCUGUGCUCCAUCUCCUCUCCCAGCUGCUGCUCUUCUGUCGGGCCGCUGUGACGCCGGCGCUGCUGCUUCUCCUGUGUCGCCCGCUGGGCAGGGCCUUCCUGGACUGCUGCUGUUGCUGCUGCUGUAACCACGAGCCCUCCUCAGCCACUGCCAGUGAUGAUAACGAACACGAGUGUACCACCGAGCUGGAGCUGUCGCCGUUCAGCACCAUCCGCAGGGAGCUGAGUAACUACACACCUGCUGGCUCCAACUGCUAAACUGAUAUUCCUCAUCAGGGAUGGAUAUUUCACUAGCCUGCUAUUAGUCUUUGGCAGACUCAGCUAGGAGAGAUUUGCCUUACCUAGUCUAGUCACAUUUUUAAAUGGGUGCAUGAAAGAAGUUGGACACUGAAUAAUCACAUUCAGCCAGUGUCCUACAUCUUCAAGUUUCAUUCCUAACUACAUUUGCAGUACUAUAUUACCCUAAUUUCCCAGGAAAGCUAACAAAAAGCUAAAUCUUCUUUCACUCAUGCCCUGGGGUGCUCUUAAAAUAGGGUCAGUACAUAACCCUGCCUGAAACCUUUAAAAGUUACAGACCCCCGCUGUAGACCUUCUAUGCCUAAAUAUCUUAUGACAGUUGGGAGGCCUCUUAACCUGUCUUAUGUGUGGUUCUUCACAAGAGGUUAAAUCAGGUUCAUCAUGUAUUUAGAUUACACAAAACUGUUUCCCACAGGCCCUAAUGUUAUGAGUGGCAGGUAAAGAUAAUAUGUAUACUGUACAAUGUACAGUAAAUGAUUGUACAGAAUAUGUGACAAUAUUUUCUGUUAAAGUUACCAAAACCGUCUGUGAUGAUAAGUGUAUUUGGCCCCCAUAAAUAAUAUUAAUGUAUGGGAAACUGUACUGUAUAUCUUAAAGGAGACAUAAUCAAUGCCAAUCACCUUCUAAAUGUGUCACUGUUGCAAUUAUGGAGACUUGGCUAAUUAAUCAUGGAAUGCAACCUUGUAUAAUAUUUCAUAUACAGCAUCUAGCUAAACGUGUGGGCUGACACUGCCUAUAGAAAUACAGGACUCAAUUUACAUGAGCUGUAAAUGGACAGUUUGUGUAAUGCUACACACAUGGGAUCAAGUCUUACGAUAAUUAAACUAGUGCAGGGCAUCUGCAGUAAUGACCGUUUUCAAGAGAAAAACACAGAAAGGAGAGAUGAUUGGAGAAUCCAAAUGUACACAAUAACACUUACACUGUAUAUUGAAAAAUAUCCAGGUGACUCAAACAUAACUGGGCUGGUCUCAGAGAUACAUAAACACGGACUUGAGCAGAAUUAAAAAGUUCAGAAUAGACUAAUUGAAAUCAAAUUAGAGGUGAAUGGAGUGGAAUGGAAUCGAAUGAAACACUACAGAUUAAAUUGAAUGGCGUGAAUAUGAAUAGAGUGAAAUGUAAUGGAACAUAACACCGUGGAAUAUAAUUAAAAGGUAUGGACUCAACAUGGACUGGACACUGAAAAUAAAUAUCUGCACUACACUGUUGUAUCAUGUUACGCCUUACACUUUGGGCUGUAUAUAUACUGUACACUUUCUUUGGUGCUCUUAUGAUGAAUGCGCUGUAAACAACCAAUCCAUCGGUUCGACUUGGAAUCACAAGUAAUUGAGCUGCGUACUAUAUUUUUGGUCAAGAAGACAGAUAACAGUUGUCGGUGGAAUACAUGAACAACGGUGGGGUAAACGAAGAAGAAAAAUCAAUGUAGAAUUUCACUGAGCUGCCAUAGACACAGUUUAGUGAUUGCAUGAAUCUUUGAUAAAUACUGCCUUUAGUAUUAGUGACGGUUGUUUGACACUUACAAGUAUGGUAGCACUUUAUUUUACAGUGCAGUAAUUACUCAGUGUUUGCAAGGACUGAUAAAUGAAAAGCUGAUUACUUGUAAUUAACAUUCAAUAAAUGCAAUAAUUUACUAGUAUGCACAUAUUUGUAUUAUUACUUUGGUACAGAAAUAUAAUUACUGGUAGUUAUGUAACACAUUAACAGGGACAGUAAUCAUCAAUCAUUUACUAGGUAAUUACAACAUGUUAAAUUACAAUUACAAAAAAAGUGUCAAUACUGCAUAAUUACAUUGUAAAUACAACUGCUGGAUUGUAAUUAUAAGGGGAAUUGUAUAUUUCGACCAAUAGGCUUAAUCAAUGUAUAGUUUAUAGUAAAUGGAAAGUUCAAGUUAUUUAUUUCAGUUCCUGAACUGUAAAACAAAGAGCUACCACAAGUGUGUAAAUUAUCUCGAAGGGAAGACUACAAUUGACUGUACAUUUUAAAUGAGUCAGGCAGAAAGAUUGAAAUGUCAGCCGCGUCAACAGCGUUUUCAACCAACUCACGUUGCUAAUGUUAGCUUAGUUAGCUAGCUAGCUAGUUAUUUCAGCUGGUAAAAUGGACAUUCUCCAGCUAGAAAUGAGAGGCUGCUUUUGUCCACCUCUGUCUGAAAUGAAGGACCCAUUGUCUCAAUAAUUACUAAGGAUGUGGAGUGAUAAAUCUGCCUCUGUUAUCAUUGUAAACUGCAUAUGUGCCAUGUGAGAAUAGAAAGCUUUACAGGCGUAGCAACAGUAACUAAAGGGGGGUGGGGCUUCAAGGAUGAAUUUUACAAGGCCAAAAAUGUCUUGUUUCUUGACCUCUAAUGCUUUUUGCAGUUUCACUACUUGAGUUUUUAAGGAGAACCAAUGAAAUGUUUUUCACAGUGUAUAAAUUUACAAGUGUAUUGUACUGUAAAUCUGUUUUCUUAAUCCUACCAAUCAGAUCUGGGUCAAAACAAGGUUCAAAUCACUAUUACAAUGCAGGUAACUGAAGUUAUACUGAAAACUGAACAGCCUAAACAUUUAGUACAUAUGGUAUUAUGGCAGGAGGGUGUAGAGGGCUUCUGGGGAUAACCAAACAGUCUUUAUUUUGCUUGUUAAACUUAAUGAAAAAUCCAAUAGCUUUACAUAAUUAUAACUAAAAUGAAUAGUGGUGCACUCUGUGAUGACCCAGGUGUGAUGUUCAUUGGUAUACUGUAUAUUGCGAUGAAUCCUUUGCAUACGAUUCUGCACUGCCAAACACCUUCUCUCUGUCUGUCUCUUGUGCUCUUGUGGUAGUAGCACACUAUCUCUGGGUGUCUCUCUCAGCGUGGAGGUCAGUUUGCCCUCGGCUCCAUCAAUAUAGGGAGAAGAAUUUUACUACAAAACAUAAAUCACGAAAGGUUUGACAGCACCCAGGGCCAGUCAUACUAAAAAUAUAUACGCAUAGUGAGAAACUGUGGAUAAAGGGUGUUUUUUUUUUCCUGCCAGGGCUAAAGGCAGCAACCCUUUGGCUUUAACGAACUACAGUUUAUGAGCUCCAGGUGGCUGUAGCCUGUGCUUGGCUGCAGUUCUUCAACUUAAUAGAGGAAAUUGGCAAAAACAGCACUACUGCAACACAAUGCCCUGCAGCCUGUUUGACAACUCUUUUUAUUCCCAUCACUAUCAGGCUAUUGUGGGCUGACUUGUUCAGGGAGCUCAGUUUAUGUGCCCUUGCACCAGCCCAGUUUCUACCAUUAAAUCACUUCAAGAGUUUAUUGUAUGUUGUCCAGCGAUCUUACUGGAGUCUGGAUUUCCCACCUGUUUCAUGAUGUGAGUGUGAAGUGUAAACUGACCUCCUGAAACUGAUUCUUUUUUCUGCAUUUUUCUGGGAGUAUAGCUCAUUCUAAAUGGCUCAGUGUGUAGUAACGUGGUUCAAACUAUUGAUGAAGUGAUUCUUGUAAAUCAGUCAGUGAGACUUUUAUUCUGAAUUUUGUGAGUAUCCUCUUCACUCUCAGCAAGUUGUGUCUGUAUUUGAUACCUGGAAAUGUAAGCACACGACCACUAUUGUCUCUAAGUCUAGUCACUGGUUUCUAAAUAGCUUUUUAUAUAGCCAAAUGACUGUCCCUUUGGUUAUCAAAGAACUUUAUCUUGAAAACUGUAUAUUAAAAUUUUAAAUGUA